GCAUUAGGUAUAGUUCUAUAUAGCACAAAUUUCUAUAUUUAGUAUUUUAGCUCUGAAAGAGGAAUUUCCAUAAAACACCGGUUCGUAGGCCGAUGAGCCAACGUGCUUUUUAUAAACGCCUUCUCCAGUUUUCCGUUAACAAUCAAUAACCGUUAAAAAAUCGAUCACCGGCCACUGCCGGAGAGAUGGGGAACGCACAGUCACCUGCCGCCGAUCCUCGUUUCACCUCCGCUAUCAGAGCUUUCUCUGAGAAGGAGCUUGGUGACCUAAAAUCGUUGUUCGCAUCUCUCGCUUCUCAGUCUCAAACAGAAGGAAAAUACAUCUCGCUCUCUGUAUUGAAGGCGUAUUCUGGAAUUAAAGGUCCUCUCGGUGAUAGACUGUAUGAUUUAGUUACUCAGAAUCGAAAAGAUCAAAAACUAACAUUUGAAGACCUUGUAAUUGCUAAAGGAACUUAUGAAAAAGGAACUAGAGAUGAGAUUGACGAGUUUCUUUAUCAACUUUGUGAUGUUAAUGGUGAUGGCAAUUUAGUGAGGUCUGACCUCGAAGCUGUAAUAAGUGAAAUACUUGAAACCAUAUCUUCUCAUAAAACAUCUGAACCCUCAUCCAUUAGUGUAUUCCUUGAUGCUGCCAACUUUACAGAGGACAAUGAAGGAAGUCCUGAAAAAAGCAUGUCUUUUGAGGAUUUCAGAAACUGGAGUCACCUUGUUCCAUCUGCCAGAAAAUUUCUUACAAAAUUGUUAAAGCCAUCUUCUUCUGGUUCUCAAGUUCCUCAAUUGAUCCACCAAGACAUUGAUUCUAAUAUGCUGUUAUUAAAAGAAGAAUAUGCUUGGCACAUAGGAGGAGCUCUUUCACAUCAAGAAUUAGGCGAAUGGAGAAUUUUGUAUCAUAGUUCACUUAAUGGACUAAGUUUCAACACAUUCAUGGGCAAUAUUUCACAUGCUGAAGGGCCAACUGUGUUAAUUAUCAAGGACAAGGAAGGUUAUAUAUAUGGAGGUUAUGCUUCACAGCCUUGGGAGAGGCAUGCUGACUUUUAUGGGGACAUGAAAUCUUUUUUAUUCCAAUUAUACCCUAAAGCAUCUAUCUAUCGACCUACUGGUGCCAACAACAGUAUACAAUGGUGUGGUGUAAACUUCAGUUCAGAUAGCAUCCCAAAUGGCAUUGGUUUUGGGGGACGUGCAAAUCAUUUCAACUUAUUUAUUUCAGCAAACUUUGAUAGUGGUCAUACUUUCACUGGAGCAACAUUCAACAAUCCUUGUCUUUCAAAAAGCAACUUGAUAUACCCUGAAGUCAUUGAAUGUUGGGGAGUUGUACCAAAAGGAUUUCAACAAGAUAAACAAGAGGGCCUCAAAGGUUGCCUUUGUAAUUGA